AUGUCUACGGAUCGUUAUUCAAGAACCAUAUAUUUGGAGAAUAUUUCAAAAAAUCAUCAGGACCACGACAAAAUCAUUAUUUAUACUUACAAGUUUCCACAUCCCUAUCCAACCAAUGAUGUUGGCUCGAUAAUAGGGUCCUGCAACGGUUUAGUCUGCAUCUACGAUUUAGGAUACAUUUAUCUGAUUAACCCGGCUACGAGAAAACUCCGGAUUCUUUCUUCUGAGCUUUUGCGAGAGUAUACAGGCUUGUCAGGUUGGGCGGGUAAGUUGCCAGUUAGUGUGGGAUUUGGAAGAGACAUAGUGACAGGAGCAUACAAAGUACUCUUGAUGUAUUUACCUGCUGGGGGUGAUAAUAUUGUCAAGACCGAAGUCCUUAACCUCCACAGUGGUGAACGACAAUUCAUUUGUUUUCCCCUUACUUACGAUGAACUAAGCGAUGAUAAAUUACCAGUCUUCGCAAAUGGAUCACUUUUUUGGCAGAAAAAGUUACACUAUAGGGCCCCGACUUUCACCCCAAUGCUUGGAGCCAUAGAUCUUCACACUGAAAAAUUUCGUGAUGUGUUAUUACCGCGUUCAUACUCUAAAUACUGUGAAACUGUGUACACAUUAUGGAGCCUAAGAGAUCGUUUAUGCCUAUCUGAUGUGCUACAGUAUCCGGAUGUCGAAGUUUGGUGUUUGCAGCAAGAAGAUCCGAGUGUGAAGUGGGAACAUAUCCUUACAAUUGACACUUCAAGUAUGGAUUGUUUAGACACAAACUAUUGGAAGCUUUCUCUUGCAGCGUAUAAUCUUAGCCCCAGAAGCAAUGAGCCACCUAAUAAUUUUUUGGAGCAAGUCAGUGAUGAACACCGUAGAACAGUGCUGUGUACGGAGAACUUUGUUUCUUCAGUCUAG